AUGUCCGUGGCUGCCACCGUGAUCCAGACGAAUGGCAUAGAGAAGGCUGCCAGCGAGCCCAUCGCCAAGACUGGAGCUGGGGCUUCUCGUGAUUCAUCCGGCGGGGUGCCGCACACCACGUACGACGACGUCGACCCUGCCACCUACCUGGGCCCCCACGGCGCGGAGAGGGAUCUCGUCAAUGCGCAGGGCCUGAGGUUGAAAACCUUCUACUGGCCUGCAGACCAGGCCAGAUCCGUGCUGCUCUUCGUGCAUGGCCACGGCGCGCACGGCCUGUUCGAGCUCUUGCAGAUCGAGGAACUGGGGCAACCUCCCCUGUAUGGGGGCUGGGUCCAGAAGUUCAACGAGGCAGGCAUCAGCGUCGUGACCCUGGACAAUCAGGGCUGUGGCCGCUCAGAUGGUGCCAGGAACCUCCGGUACUUUGUGGAGUCCUUCCAGGACUACGUGAACGACGUCCUGCUCCUGCGCCGGACACUGAGCGAGGUGGACGUGCCCGGCUUCCGUGACCUCCCGGUCUUCCUCUCUGGCAUCUCCAUGGGCGGCUGCGUGGCGCUCCAUGCCGCGCUCGAGGACCAAACCCUGUUCCGGGGUCUCGUGCUUCUGGCCCCCAUGCUGUCGCUGCAGCGCGUCUCCCGCCGCGGCCUGAACCCCUACAUGCGCCCCGUGGCGGCGUUGCUCAGCCGCAUCGUGCCCUGGGCGGCCAUCGUGGCGACGGACCGCAACAAGCUCAACCCCGUCCUGCAGGACCAGUGGGACUCGGACCCGCUGGUGGCGCACAUCAACACCCGCGUGCGAAACGCCAAUGAGUACCUGCGCUGCACCGAGUCUAUCAUGGGGCGGCUGGGCGAGGUGACGCUGCCAUUCAUCGUGGCGCACUCGGAGAAUGACUCCAUGUGCGACCCGGACGGCUCCAAGGCGCUGUACCGGGAGGCGCGGGCCACCGACAAAACCAUCCGCCUGGUGAACCACAUGUGGCAUGUGCUGCUCAAAGAAGGCGGGAAUGAGAUCUUGCUGGAGGAGCUAAUUGCCUGGAUGCAGGCCCGGCUUUGA